AUGUCUUCUUCACACAAGAACAUCAAGGAGGAGGCGCAAGACGAUGACGAUGACGUUGAUGAGCUCGAUGACGUUCUCGAUCAAUUCGACCCCUCCUCUUCGACUACCCCCGCCAAGCCUGCUGCAACUACCACAACAGCGUCACAGCAGCUGCCGUCUGGCAGGACAAGAGUCGAGGAUGGCCCACAAGAGGACGGCUUGACCCCCGAAUUCGACGAUCUUCUCUCGCAGCAAUUCGCCAAGGAGCUCGCAAAGGGCAUGGAGGACAUGUUCGGCGCAGGAGCAGGAGCAGCGGCUGCAUCCGGAGGCUCUACGGCAGGCCCAGCAGCAGGCGCAGGUGGAGCCCAGCCUGAGAUGAGCGAGGAAGAGAUGAUGAAGCAGUUUGAGAAGAUCAUGCAGGAGAUGGGCCUUGGUGAGGAAGGAAUGGCCGCCUUGGGCGGCGGCAGCGCUGCCGGAGCAGCUCCACCAGCCGGCACAAGAGGUGCUGCUGGAGGCUCUGCGCCUUCCACCUCGGGCGAUCCUGCCAACUUCCAGGAUGCCAUUAAGUCAACCAUGUCUCGUCUGCGGCAAUCGCAGGGCUCAUCUGGAGCAGGUUCUUCUUCGAAAGCAGGAGGCGCAGAUCCCUUUGCGGACUUCAGCGAUGAUGACAUGGCGAAGCUGUUGCAGGGACUGGGUGGAGAAGGAGGUCUGCCUGAGGGUGAAGAGGGAAUGGCUAGUAUGCUGGAGAAGAUGAUGGGCGAACUGAUGAGCAAGGAGGUGCUGUACGAGCCUCUGAAAGAGCUGAGAGACAAGUACCCGCCGUACUUCGCCUCUCCACCAACAUCACCUGCUCCGACUGAGGACGACUUGCAGCGCUACCACGACCAACACGACUGCGUUUCGAAGGUGGUGAAGCUUUUCGAGGACCCGGACUUUGACAGUGGCAGCGAGAGCAGGAAGAAGGAGCUGCGGGAUCGGGUCAGCGAAUUGAUGAAUCAGAUGCAAGAGAGCGGUGCUCCUCCUCCAGAGGUGGUGGGUGAUAUGCCAGCCGAGCUUGAGAACAUCCCAGGCUUUGGCGGCGCAGGGGGCAAUGGACAGCCGGGCGACGAGGAGUGUAUUGUCAUGUAG